AUGUCACCAACCCCAGAGUUUGCCCCUGUUGAAUUCCUUCAAGCUGCAAUUUUCCUUUCCAAGAUGUAUAUGCUGCGCUUACGUCUACGGGUUCUCGGAUACUUCGUCCGCAAGAAAGUUCCACACGGAGCCAUCGAGCAAGUCACGGGGUUCCAGUCUAGCAACUGGCAAGCCAAUCACAGAAUCAUGCAGAUCGCCAGGGAUGAAAUCUCCAGCGAGAUCCGCGUUAUGCAAGAGCUCCUGCCCGCCGUGAUGUCCAAACAUCUGGGACUAAACUAUAAUCGUCAGCCGUCCUUCAAGUUUCUACAAGAGUCAGCCCGCACCCUGCUAUCAAACUCAUGGGAUCAUUUUCUUCGUCAUCAGAAAAAAUCCACCGAGGUGACAGCCAGAGUCAAACCAGAACCCCCCCUCAACUUGUCCGGAGUGCAGUUAUCCCCGUCUACAGAAAGCCUUCUGGCCCACGGGCCGAAGUAUGCUCCUGCGGUCGCCAACACCAAAGUCGACCAGCUGGCCGCGGUGUACGAGAUCGCCGCCAAGAUACCGGAGGACAGCCGUCAGGACUUCGUAGCGGCAGGGUCAAGAGCUGUGUGCUUCCAUGGUGAGACAAGGAAAACCAAGAAUGCUGCCACCCCAGCUAUCAAGGAACUUCGGUCCGCUGAGCUGAGAGUUCUCCAAGCGGACAAGACGGGCGGUUUCGUCAUCCUCAACAAAGAACAAAUGCAGGAGAAGACCGACGAAGCGCUGAAAAAGAACUUUCUUCCUCUCAAGUCGAGGCCAUCCGGUUCCCUCAGGUCUCAGGUGAAGGCGCUCUGCGACUCCUCCAACCUCCCUUCUCUAAAAAGUGCCAUUCUUGCUCCCGCUAAUCAGUACCUAUCCAUUUUCUUUUCUGCCAAGACACAGAAGCCUGGAGUGCCAUUCCGUAGCAUUAUUUCAGAAACAGGGUGCUGGCAGAAGCCCUUGGCGAUGUUUUUACAAAAACAUCUCGAAACCUUGGACCUUCCUCAACCUUUCCGACUAAAGAAUUCCGAGGACCUUAUCCCAACGUUACAUAACUUGCAUAUCGGUACGGAAACUGUUGGAGUGUUCUCUCUUGAUGUAGUAGAUUUGUAUUAUAGUCUCAAUGUGAAAACCCUUCUGGGGUUCGUAUCCGAGGCUGUACACUUAAGAGGCGUUAUAGAUUUUCAAAAUUCCUGUGGCAUCUCACUCUCAGCAUUUCUAGAGUUGAUUCGCCUGUAUCUUCAGUCCACCCUUGUCGAACACGAGGGCAAAGUAUUCCUUCAAAAAUCCGGUGUGUGCAUAGGGUCGUGCCUGGCGCCCAUCCUAAGCGAAAUCUUUAUGUUUCACGUUGACACAAAGGUUCAAUCAAUCCUUGAGCAGGAAUUUCCCGAAGCCUUGGUUUAUCGCUACGUAGAUGAUUAUCUUAUCAUUCAUUCCACUAAUUCAGAUACCGCAGCGAUUGAAAGCGUUUUCCAGAAGAACUCCUUCGGGCUCACGUUCACAAAAGAGACCCCUUCAUCUGAGGGAUUACAGUUCCUUGAUCUGAGAUUGGUCCCCACCAGUGUCGGGAUCUGCUGGUCCAAUCAGCAGAGGUCUGCGAAGCCUGUCCUGCCGUUCAGCAGCUCGCACUCAAAAAACGUAAAAACUGGUAUUGUCCGAAACCUUAUUGCUGCUGCUAAUUCCAAGUCGUGUCACCACCUUUCCGCAACUAGUCUGUCCAAUCAGAUAGGCCGCCUUCUCAAGGCAGGUUACCCAAACGACUUGAUCGAGCUUACCAUCAAAAGACUUGUCACAGGGCCCCAAUCCAAAAAGCCGCCUCCAAGGUCCCGCUUCGCGUGCAUCCCCUACAUUCAUAACAUUUCGCAUCGACUGAAAUCAAUAGCUCAGGGCUUCAACACCAACGUGGUUUUCUCGUGUAAGUUUAAAUUGGCAUCUAUUUGCAAAAAAGUCAACAGCCCCGGACCGGCGCCCCCUUGCCAAAAGAACCACAAAACCUGUUACGUUCCUUGCCGCAAAGAGUGUGUUUACUCAAUACCUAUGUCCUGUGGUGCCCGAUACAUCGGCCAAACGGGGCGCUGCUUAAACGACCGCCUGAGAGAGCACGCGAACGAAGUUAAAAAAGCGGUCUCCGACGGUUCAGAGGUCAUUCACCACCCGAUCGCCAAACACGCAUCGGAAUGUACUUCCUGCUCGGCCGUCCUUCCCUCUACUACAAGAAUCGGGGGUCACCCCUCGAGGUAUGGUCGGGAGAUUCUGGAGGCCUUCGCCAUGUGUCGAUCCAAGGACAACAUCGGCUCCCCCUCCAUUGCCCUUUCGGGGAAAGAGAUA